GGCCUGGCUACGAUUUUCCCUUUACGAAGAGCGCCACCAGUUCAUCUCCACUAGCACAUCACGACAUGGCCAUUUCGGAUCUCCUCAAACGCCGGGUGCGAGCACUUCCUGAGGAAGAUGAAGAACCUUUCUCCGCAGGGUCUGGUUCCGAGGAAGCCAGUAACCUUGCAGCCUCCAACAACUCUGACUCGGAGGAUGCCAGUAACGGCUCUUUUGACGAGGACGAGGACCAAAAUGACGAUAUGUCAGAUGGAGCCUCCGACGCUUCAAAUAAUGACGAUGACGAUGACGAUGACAGCGAAAGCGACGAAGAUGCGCCUGCAGAUGACGUCCAGGCUUCUCUGGGUAGUAUCUCAUUCGGCGCGCUAGCCAAAGCACAAGCAUCACUAGGCCCGAAAGCAAAGCGUGCUUUAAGGGCUUCCAAGAGUACAGAUGAGGCUAGUGCGGCUUCAUCCCCUCUCGACGAUAUUCGAGCCCGGAUCCGCGAAGCACGGGAGCAAAAGCGGCAAGGAUUAUCAAAGUCAAAAGACUCGGAAAAGCUUUCUCGUUCUUCCAAGCAUGCUCCCAUGGUGCAGUCGUCUAAAUAUGCCGUAUCCCGCAAACGCACGGUCGUCGAGCCGCCGAGCAUCCCCAAGUCCCGCGAUCCACGUUUCGACCCCACCGUGACCAGUCAAGGAGGCCGGGGGAAUGUCCAAGGUGCCAAGGAUGCCUAUGCGUUCCUUGACGAGUAUCGUGCCGAUGAGCUCAAGGAGCUGAAGGCACAGUACGCCAAGGCCAAGAAUCCCGUACAAAAGGAAGCUCUGAAGCGAGAGAUACGAUCAACCCAGGACCGACUCCGUGCAAUGGAAAACAGAAAGCGAGAGAGGGAGAUCUUGGCCGAGCACAAGAAGAAGGAGAAACAGCUCAUUCGCGAGGGAAAGAAGAGCAAUCCAUACUACAUGAAGAAGUCGGAGCUCAAGAAGCAGGUCCUGCUCCAGAAGUACGAGAACAUGAACUCGAAAGACCGCACAAAGGCGCUCGAAAGGAGACGAAAGAAGACCGCGGCGAAAGAACGGAAAGAAAUGCCUAUGGAGCGCCGAGCUCUGGCCGACGACGAUGCACCCAGAGACCACGUAGGGGGUUUCAAGCGUCGGCGCCUUGCUUAAUCUCGAUUGUAUUUUCUGCUAUGGCUCAUACGAGAUCAUUCGUGUACAUAAUUAUGGAAACCAUAUACCAGUAUACCCAAGAUAGUAAUACCUUU